UUUUAUUUCAUUCUCUGGAUCUUUAUACAGAUAUAUCCAAGCAAUGAAAAUGGUAAACCACACCAGGGUCGUGGAAUUUCUCCUCCUGGGCUUCUCAAGUUGGCCUGGACAGCAGGGGCUCCUCUUUGCACUCUUCCUGUGUCUCUACCUAACAGGGCUAUUUGGAAAUUUACUCAUCUUGCUGGCCAUUGGCUCAAACAGUCACCUCCACACACCCAUGUAUUUCUUCCUUGCCAAUUUGUCCUUGGUAGAUCUCGGUCUUCUUUCAGCUACAGUCCCCAAGGUGCUACUGGACAUCCAGACCCGGUCUCAAUCCAUCUCCUUCCCGGGAUGUUUGGCUCAGAUGUAUUUCUGCAUGAUGUUUGCCAACAUGGACAACUUCCUGCUCACCGUGAUGGCGUAUGAUCGCUAUGUGGCCAUCUGCCACGCUUUGCACUACUCCAUUAUGAUGGUACCGCGCCUCUGUGCCACUCUGGUGGCUGUGCCUUGGCUCAUUGCCACUUUGAACCCUCUCUUGCAUACUCUCAUGAUGGCCCGACUGAACUUCUGCUCUGAAAAUGUCAUCCCCCACUUCUUUUGUGAUGUCAACUCUCUCCUCCCUCUGUCCUGUUCUGACACUAGCCUUAAUCAGCUGCUGGUUCUGGCUGCGGUGGGACUGAUCUUUGUGGUACCAUCAGUGUGUAUCCUGGCAUCUUAUGGUCACAUUGUCUCCACUGUGAUGACAAUUCCUUCUGUCCAAGGAAAACUCAAAGCUUUCUCAACCUGUGGCUCUCACCUGGCCUUGGUUAUCCUGUUCUAUGGAGCCAUCUCGGGGAUCUAUCUGAGCCCUUCCUCCAAGCAUACCAUGGGGAAGGACUCAGCUGCCUCAGUCAUUUUCAUGGUUGUCGCCCCUGUGCUGAAUCCCUUCAUCUACAGCCUCAGGAACAAGGAGCUGAAGAGGGCUUUAAAAAAAAUCCUUGCC